CAAAAGCGGAAAUUGAAUCAGCAGAAGGCUCAACUGAUGCAGGAGAAAGUCAGAGCUUCACAUUCUCAGUAACAUGUCUUCAUGAUUCCAACAUGGCAGAGGCUGAGCACAUGAAUAUAGCUCCCAUUGAGGACAGCAUAGAAGAGUUCAGUGUGUUCCAGUCUGUGACAGAGCGGUACUACACUCGAAGAUUUUGUGUUGAUGGUGGAGGAAAGAAGGGGGAAGAUCAUUGUGUUCUUUUUCACUCCAACAGAAUUUGCUUAAUAACAUUAGCAUUAUCCCACCCCAUACUAAAAGAGAAGAAAGAAAUAAGAAAAAUUGAUUUUCAAGUUUCUCAUAAUAUUGACAGAUUGAAGAACAAAGUUUCUGGGAAAGGCAAGCAUGGAGCACAGUUUCUGCAGCCAGAUUCACCACUGUGUUACAUUGAAUGUGUGGACAGCUCAAAGUACACAGUACAGAGCUGCAUAAAAGGAAAAUUGGUGGAAAUGAAUGAUGCCUUGAUAGAAAACCCAAAGUUACUGAUUGAAAAGCCUGAUGCAGAAGGUUAUAUAGCUAUUUUACUACCUAGCAUUAACAAUAGUAAUCAACAGAGAGAAGAACUAUUAACAUUGGAGGAGUAUAAUGACGUAGUGAGGAAGCGAACUACACAGGAUUAGAUAUAAGUAAACUGUAAGUUACAGUAAGGUUCUGUUAGCAUAAAUAAAUAAAAACACUUUCAUUUA